AUGCACCCUUCGACGAUUAUCUUUCUGCUAGUCAGUGGCAUCAGUGCGCUCACUGCCGGUGCGCCCAGUUCUACUGUCGCCUUUCCUUCCGCACCCUAUGCUGCCCUAGCGUCGCGCAAAGGCGUACAUCAUUCGGCGCCAGUGCGUCGUCUGCCAAGCGCCAUGCCAAAUGCCACGCCAAUGAACAUCUCCACGCUGAUAAAGCGCUCUAAUGUGACCAAACUGAUGCCUGAGGAGCCAGUCAGAAUCAGUACCACCUUUGUGGCACUGCUGUUGGAGCACAUCAACGAUUCUACUUUAAUUCCAUUUCAAGCUGCCGCUCGAGUGCCUCGAUCCUCCAGUGGCAAACGCCAGCAUUACUGUGGCAAUGUCCUCAAGGAGGUUUUGCGGCUGAUUUGUGACGGCAAGUACUACAGUGGGCAUAACGUGGACUUGCCCAUCACUGACCUCAGCGUGCAAAUCAUCUCUGGAAAGCAAGUGGAAAUCAGCUGGAAACUGCCGCCACCGUCGGUACUGCUGGACGGCUACAAGCUGUACCUGAGUCCAGUCUCCGUACACGACUCCAGACCGUAUCACAUUGACAUUGGCCUCGCCGACCCGAUGCCCAUUUCCAUUCGCAAUCUGACCGCAGGUGGCACCUACGAGGUGAAACUGCACACCAUGUACCGAGGCGCCCAGUCGACGCACUUUGUCAGCACCAACUUCACCACCAAGCCCAACACCCCGGGGCGGUUCAUUGUGUGGUUUCGCAAUGAGACCACCCUGCUGGUCCUCUGGCAGCCGCCCUACCCUGCGGGCACCUUUGACCAGUACAAGGUGAGCAUCUACCCGCAGGAUGCCCACCAGUCGGUGCUCUUUGUGCGCAAGGACACUGACCCGCCGGGGCCGGCGCAGACCUCAUUCGACGGCCUCAUACCGGGUCGGGCGUACAACAUCACCGUGCAAACGGUGUCUCGAGAUGAAAUCUCCGACCCGACCGAGGCGCAGUACCGGACAGUGCCACUGCCGCCGGCCAAUGUCAACUUUAACCGGGGGACCAUCUCUACGCACUCCUUUGACGUCAUCUGGGACCCGCCGUCGUCCUUUAGCGAGUUUGACCGAUAUCAAAUUCAAAUUGGCGUCAAAAACUCCUCCCCAAAGACGGUCUUUAAGGAUGAGCCCCGUUUGAUGCACUUUGACGAUGAGACAGAGAUUGAGCCCGGCGAAACGUACGAAGUGACGGUGAAGACCGUCUCGGGCAAUGUCAUUUCAGUGCCCCUCAGCUCGAACAUUACCACUCGGCCAAUGCCAGUGAUGGAUCUCGUGUCGGAGCCGGGCAAGUUUGGCGGCGACAUUUACCUUCACUGGAGGCCGAGCAAUGCCAGCAAACAGGACUCCUACAUAAUCACCUACCACGAGCUUGAGGCUUUCAACUCUGACGCCUCCAUUCAGGUGGUCAAGGACAGUCACGUGAAUCUGUCGAACCUGCUCGCCGGUCGCAACUACUCUAUCUCAGUUGCGGCCAUCUCUAACAACGUCUACUCGGAGAACGUGGUCAUUUACCAGCCGACGAAGCCGGCCUCGCCGGUGAUUGGCGUUCUGGAGCCAAUCGCCGGUCGUACGCUGAACAUUUCCUGGAAGUGGGACGUCACCUCUAAGCAGGACUCGUACAAGAUUGAGUGGACGCGCAAUGACACUAAGGAGAAGAAGGAGCGCAUCGUCAAGAGCAACUGGCUGAUCGUCGACGACCUGUACCCAGGCGCCGUCUACGAGAUCUCCGUCAGCGCCCUCUCGCACAACCUCAUCUCCGAUCCGCACUCCUACUUCCAGACCAUCUUUCCGCUGCCACCCGACGGCCUGCACGUCUCCAAGGUGACCAACUCGAGCAUGACGCUGACCUGGUCGGCGCCCACCGACUCCCUGGUAGACCACUACAUUGCUCGCUACCGACCGACACGGCAGACCAAGUGGCGAGAGCUGGGCAUUGUCAACUCGACGACGCUCGAUAUUAAGAACCUCGUUGCCGGUGAAAUGUACACCGUUCGCGUCAACUCGGUGUCCAAUCGAGCCGAAAGUCCCGACAUUAGGGAGGUUGAGCAGACACUCUUCCCUAAUCCAAUCUCCAAUAUCAAGACCAACAUUGACUCGCACAAUAUCACCUUUCAGUGGCAUCCUCCUGAGGGCGUCAUUGAUCACUUUAAUGUCAUUUUCAACCCGGUGAAUCAGCCAAAACUGCAGGAGUCUAAACGAGUGCCAUAUUCCAACACGACUCGGCCUGAGGAGCAAAUUGUCGUCUUUAUUAACGACUUGAAACCCGGCGAAGAAUAUUCUUUUCGUUUUUUUGUCAUCAGUUUUAAGCUGAGAAGCGAAGGCAUCGGCGUGCAGAUUCGGACAAUUCCCGUCAUUGACUCAGUCAUCAACGUCAUCGUGGGCGAGCACGAGACGAAAACCAUGGGCAUCAAGUACACGCCGACGCCCAUUAGAAACGUCGUUUUUGACAAGUACCGCUUUCAGCUGUCGGGCACGCAGAUUCCGCAGCAGGAAAAGAUGUGGAACGACACAAAUCGCUUUGUAGUCUUUGACAACCUCGUGCCGGGACACCUGUACAACUUGAGCAUCUGGACGAUUAGCGGCGCGACCAGCUCGGUGCCCAUUCAGCGACAGGCUCGUCUGUAUCCGGAGCCGGUGAAGAACAUCAACGGCCUCUCCAUCACCGACUCGGAGAUUACGCUCAGCUGGGACGCGCCGUACGGCGACAAGGACGGCUACGAGGUGCAGUACUUUGAUCCGCACGAGAAAACGCUAGUCGUCAAUGUGACGCUGGUGGAGAAGAUCGAGUACCGCAAUCUGCGUCCGCACAACAACUACACCUUCAUCGUGACGACGUUGUCGGGCUACGGCACCUCCACCAUGCUGCGCUCGACGCCCGUCUCGCAGACCUUUCUCACGCUGGAAUCGAUUCCCGGCAAGGUGAGCUACUUCCAGUCGGUGGACGUCAAGCCGAAUGAGAUCACGCUGCAGUGGGCACUGCCGCAGUCGGAGAUGAACGGCAUCCUCACCGGCUACAAGAUUCUCUACUACAUCAAGGGCAACCAGGUGACCAAGCACCAGCUGUUUGAGCCGUACGAGACGCAGGGCACCAUCUACAAUCUCAUUCCCGGGAAGACGUACGUCUUUCAGAUUCAGGCGCACACCAAGGUGGGCCCGGGGCACACGGCGAUGUGGGAGGAAACGAUGCCCAUCUGGUCGGCGCCACCGCCCGCCGACAAUAUCUUUCCCACCGAGGUGGGCCACACCUCGACCACCAUUCGCAUUCGCUUCCGCAAGAACUACUUCAGCAGCAUGUACGGGUCAAUCAACUCGUAUGCAGUCAUUGUGGCCGAGGAUGACUCUAUCAACUCGAACCUCCUCGACCUGGCGUCGUGGUACGACGUUCAGGACUACUCAGUGUGGCCGCCGUACCAGGCGACGGAGCCCUUUUACCCGUUCAAUAAUUCAGGCAUUGAGGACUUGACUCUCGGCUCGGAGGACUGUGAGGAGGUGGCCAAGCAGGCAAAGACGACCACUCUGGCGCCCACCAGCACACAUGGCCACGGUCACCACCACCACGGACCUCGCUACUGCAAUGGGCCGCUGAAGCCUGGAUCAACGUUCAAAAUUAAAAUUCGUGCUUUCACAACCAAUGAAAAGUUCACCGACACUGUCUACUCGUACGCAAUGACAACUGACCCUGACCACACUGCGAUAUACCUCUCCAUUUUUGCGCCCUUUUCCUUUAUCGUUUUGAUUCUCGUUAUCUUCAUUUACCUCCGCCACAACCGACUGGGGCCGUUCGGCAAGCUUGGCAAGCUUUCUUCAAGCACCAAGAGUCCUCAUCCAGCCAGCUCAAUUCACGAUGGAGACACUCUCUCGAUAAUGGCGGCAGAUUUAAUUACCAAUCGGCCCAUUGGCUUGAAAAACUUUGCCGACCACUUUAGACUAAUGUCGGCAGAUUCUGAUUUUCGGUUCAGUGAAGAGUUUGAGUUGCUCAAGGUGGUCGGUCGUGACAAGCCAUGCGACGCUGCCGAGCUGUCUGAGAACCGUCCCAAGAAUCGCUUCACAAACAUUCUGCCUUACGACCACUCGCGAGUGAAGCUGCUGCCCACGGACGACGAAGAGGGCUCAGACUACAUCAAUGCCAACUAUGUGCCAGGGCACAACAGCCCAAGAGAGUUCAUCGUGACGCAGGGCCCGCUGCACAGCACACGCGACGACUUUUGGAGAAUGUGCUGGGAGCAAAACUCUCGCGCCAUUGUCAUGCUGACUCGGUGCAUUGAAAAGGGCAGGGAAAAGUGUGACCACUACUGGCCAUACGACACGCAGCCGGUCUUUUACGGCAACAUUCAAGUGACGAUACUUAACGAGUCGCAGUACCAGGACUGGACUAUAUCAGAGUUUAAAGUGAUGCGGGGCGACCAAUAUCGCAUCGUGAGGCACUUUCACUUUACCACCUGGCCUGACUUUGGCGUUCCAGAGCCACCCUCGACGCUGGUCAAGUUUGUUCGGGCGUUUCGAGAGCGCUGCACCCCCGACAACAACAAGCCCAUCAUUGUGCACUGCUCUGCCGGAGUGGGCCGAUCGGGCACCUUUAUAGCCCUGGACCGACUGCUGCAGCACAUCAUCAAGUACGACACAGUCGACAUUUUCGGCAUAGUGCACGAGAUGCGCAAGGAGCGAGUGUGGAUGGUGCAGAAUGAGCAACAAUACAUUUGCAUUCACGAUUGUCUACUUAGCGUGAUUGAAGGUCGUGAAGACGUGCUCGACUCGCUCACCCGUCUCGAUCACAUGUCACUGCACGACAAUCCCGGAUACGAAGAUGACGAAGGCAUCGCCGAGUCGGGAAUUUAA